AUGUUUCUUUUGUCGCUGCUAAUAACGCUCGUUGUGGCUAAUCGAGCGGAUCCCCGACUCCUGGAGCAGCUGCAGCAGCUGGGCCUGGUCAAUCUGCUGGAGCAGUCGGUGCGUCCCAAUGUGCCUCAGAAUUUGGCCAGCUAUGACUUUAUUGUGGUCGGUGCCGGUGCCGCUGGCUGCACGCUGGCCGCGCGUCUCUCCGAGAAUCCGGACUGGCGGGUGGCGCUUAUCGAGGCGGGCGGCGUGGAGAACAUUGUACACCUGACGCCUCUCCUGGCCGGGCAUCUGCAGCUAACCGCCUCCAAUUGGAAUUAUCGUUCGGUGCCGCAGCCUCGCGCCUGUCGCGGCAUGUACAACCAGGAGUGCGCACUGCCCAGGGGCAAGGUUCUGGGCGGCACCAGCUCCAUAAACUCUAUGAUCUACAAUCGCGGCAAUCGGCGCGACUUUGAUGCCUGGGCCGAGCGGGGCAACCGCGGCUGGAGCUAUCACCAGGUGCUGCCCUACUUCCUGCGCAGCGAGUCCGCCCAGCUGCUGGGCUUGGAGCAGUCGCCGUAUCACAACCACAGCGGUCCGUUGAGCGUGGAAGAUGUGCGCUAUCGCAGCAGCUUGGCGCACGCCUUUGUAGCUGCCUCCGUGGAGGCGGGUCAUCCGCGCACCGACUACAAUGGAGAGUCGCAGCUGGGCGUGUCCUAUGUGCAGGCGAAUACCAACAAUGGGCGUCGGCACAGCGCCUACUCCGCCUACAUCCAGCCCGUGCGCGAUUUGCGGCCCAAUCUGCACAUCUUUCCCUUUACGCGCGUGACACGCGUCCUUCUCGACGUGGCCACCAAGUCGGCGCAGGGCAUUGAGCUGGUUUACAAGCAGCAAAAAUACACGUUUAAGGCCCACAAGGAGGUCAUCCUGUCGGCGGGCGCCUUCAACUCGCCGCAGCUGCUGAUGCUCUCAGGCAUCGGACCGGCAGAUAAUUUGCGUGCCGUCGGUUUGCCAGUGGUCCAGGCCCUGCCGGUGGGUAAGCUCCUCUACGAUCACAUGUGCCACUUCGGACCCACCUUUGUGACGAACACCACGGGCCAGACGUUGUUCGCCACGCGCAUCAACAUACCGGACAUCCUGUCCUUCUACCUGGCCGGCAAUCCGGCAACGCCUCUGAGCUCCAUUGGCGUGGAGGCUUUGGCAUUUCUUAAAUCGCCGCGCUCGCCGCUGUCCAGAGACUGGCCGGAUCUGGAGCUAAUAAUGUUGGCGGGUAGCCUGGCCAGUGAUGAGGGCACGGCCAUCAAGCGGGGCGCCAACUUCAAGGAUGAGAUCUAUGACACACUCUACAAGCCACUGCAGCUGGCGCAACAGGAUCAUUUCACGCUGCUCGUGAUGCAGUUUCAUCCCAAGUCCGUGGGCCGGCUCUGGCUGCAUAAUCGCGAUCCAUUUGGCUGGCCCAAAAUCGAUCCGAAAUAUUUUCUCAACGAGGAGGAUGUGGAGUAUCUGCUCGACGGCAUCAAGGAGGCCAUACGCAUCACCCAGAUGCCAGCACUGCAGGCUGUCGGGGCUCGGCUGCUGGAUCGCCCUGUGCCUGGGUGUGUGGAUAAGCCCUUUGGGUCGGAUGAUUACUGGCGCUGCUCGAUACGCACCUUGUCCUACACGCUGCACCACCAGGUGGCCACCUGCCGCAUGGGUCCGGCGAGUGAUGCCACCGCCGUGGUCAGCCCCGAGCUCAAGGUGCACGGCAUGCGCAAGCUGCGCGUCGUCGACACCAGUGUCAUCCCCCUGCCGCCCACCGCCCACACGAAUGCGGCGGCCUUUAUGAUCGGCGAGAAGGCGGCCGACCUGAUAAGGGCCGAUUGGCACUGAGCUCGAGGAAAGGGUAAGGCCAGACGUGCUCCGAGCUGGUUGUUUGCUUCGGCCAAGUUAAUUAAAUGAAAUCGCCUAACGAGAGACGGACGAGAGACGGACGAGAGCUGCUCCCGAAGCCCCUUUCGCCCGUUCUUUAGCUGGCUUAAGCUGGGGGUUGACCGGCCGGCCGCAGAGUGCAUUCACCCAGUCCCAAGUGUCGAGGGUUGAAACACUUUCGACUAGGCACAGCCGCACAAAAUAUCCAACGGGGUGGUUUCGACGCUGUCGCCAGUCAUCAA